AUGUUCCAUAACCAACUUUCCAACGCGAUCAUCUUCGGGACUCCGAGUCUUUCUAAAAAUCCUGAUGGAAAUCCUGAUGGAAAUCCUUAUGCAAAUCCUGAUGGAAAUCCUGAUGGAAAUCCUGAUGGAAAUCCUGAUGGAAAUCCUGAUGGAAAUCCUGAUGGAAAUCUUGAUGGAAAUCCUGAUGGAAAUCCUGAUGGAAAUCCUGAUGGAAAUCCUGAUGGACAUCCUGAUGGACAUCCUGAUGGAAAUCCUUAUGGAAAUCCUUAUGGAAAUCCUAAUGGAAAUCCUGAUGGAAAUCCUGAUGGUAAUCCUGAUGGUAAUCCUGAUGGAAAUCCUUUGACAGCUGAAGAUCAACACCCGGUCCAGCUGGAAAUAUGUGAAGAGAGAAGAGACAAUGGACAUGACAGUAGAGAUGACGACGAAGAUGGAAAAAACGAUAAUGAAGGUGCUGAAGGACGAUUAGAAACAGAUGACGAUGGAGGAAACGUCGGAAAUAACGACUAUGAAGAUGAAGGAAGAUUAGAAAAACAAGGCGAACGUAGGUUUCCGAGGCGAGGGAAGUGGUGA